ACUAGACGCCCAGUCAGUUGCAUUCUGGACAAUUGAACCAUGGCUGUCUCUUCAAAUGAUGGAUCGAUAGACCCUCAACCCAACCGAUAAAAUGCUCCAUUGUCUGUGGACGACCAACUCCAGUUGACAAUUCUGGCCAUGAACGCCAUAAACGAGGCCCUGAUCGCAGAGGCCCCUCUGCAAAUCCCUCUUCUGUCUCAGUUAGGUAGAGGGGCUCUCAGAACCUUCUUUGCCAGUCCCUCAGAUGUCCAGAUCCACGAAAAUGCAGUGCCUGAUCUGUGGCACAAGUUGGUUUCUACCCUCAAAUCCCCUCAAGUGCUCGACAAGCAUUUGGCUGCCGCCGCCAAUGCUCUAUGCGUCUUUCUCCUAGCCGGUACCUUGAGCACCGUUUCAGAGGUGAAAGACUUCGUCCUGACGAGACAUGUCUGGUUUGAAGCAUUCCAGUGCGUACACAAAGCCUUCAAUGAUGGCAAAUAUAAGCCCGCUUUGCAGGUCCUGGAUGCCCUCUGUGACCUGAUUCAGCAAAUGGAUCAGAGGCAGCCUGACUGCUCUGUACUUUCGGAUGCCACAGUUCCCCUAAUCAAGACUGUGUUACUGGCAUCCCCUCGAUCAGAAGUGAAAAAAGCGUGUCAACUACUAACAUGCCUGGUACGCCGAACCAAGGUAACCGCAGUGCUCCCCGAAUAUGUAUCGUCCGCUCUGGGCGACAAUUUCACAGUAUGGCACCGACGUCUGGCCAUGUACAGCAUCGCCCCAGCCGAGAUCCAAGAAACGGGCUCUGGGCAAGUCUCGUCUUUCCUACUUGCUCUCACAAUUUCGAUGAAUGAUCUAGAUACAAGGUCUUCCGCCUUGAAACUCUGCUCAACCCUGUGCGGUCAAGAGAAAGACAUUCCAGAAGGGUUGGAUCUGCAAAGCAAGACAGAGUCCGUGAUCAAGCUCUUCUUGGAGAGAAACUAUGAAUCUUUGGGUAUUUUCGCAGAAUAUGUUCUUCCAGCGAUCUUAAACGACAAAGCCAGACUCAUCACCUUCGUUGCUCCUUACAUUAGUCUUGCCCGAGAUCACGACUCAAGAGCGGCAAUUCUCCUCGCAGCUCUCAAAGUCGGACGAACCGUGAACAUGUUAUCCGAACCAGAAACCCUCAAUAUAUUAAACAGCGCCUUUCCGCAACAUACCGAUCCCAUGCCCAAUAUGGACGAUUACGACUGUUUCAGUCUCCUUCUCGCAUCCGGAAAUCCUGCUUUACGCAUAUCAGCCUAUAGCCUUCUGAUAACCUCUUCUUCCACUACCUCACCCCUUCCAAGAAGUGGUCUGAACUGUAUCAUAUCCAGUGUCCCUUAUUUGCAUGACUAUUCUGAUGCCCAUGAAAGGAGCGAAAUCCUCAGCGUUACGAGAAAGCUGCUCAAUCGGGUUCAGAGCAGUUUCUCAGCAGCUCAAAAGCUUGCAGAAAGGGAGCCAGCAGAUCAGACUGCCUUGGAAAUAGUAUCCAGUCAUAGGGAUUUUAUCCGCGCCCUCUUCAGCUUUUACAAGUCCGAACUGCAGCCCCAUAUCUCAUAUCAACGUCAUAUCCUCAGCUUGCUAUCAUUGAGAUACUUCAUCACAUAUCCCACCCAGCGUGUGAUCUGUGAAAAUGACACAAUGUUGAUCCGACUAUUGGUCAAUCUUACCAUAGACGCCUUCGAGGAUGUCCGCAACACUUCCACAUCUUUACUGCAAACUUUGUCCACAUACAACCCUGUUGGCGUGGCUGUAGUUUUGAGUGAGAGGUUUGUGGACUUGAUGGGUGCUUUAGCCGUUAUGACUGGUAGAGGCGACCAUGCCGAUGCAAUGGGAAGACUUUGGGCUUUGCGAGAUACUUUGUCCGACAAGACAUGGAGCGCCAAAGUGAUUACAAGCCCUCUGUCAUCGAACUCACAAGGUUUGAUAUUGGCACUGCAGGAAACCCUCUCCCAAACUACCACCAUCAAGCCUGGCUCUUUGUUUCCUCUUCAUGGAACGUUGCUUGCUCUCAGCCAUCGUCUUCUUCGUAUGAAGCCGGAUGAAUACUCAUAUCAAGGCAUUGACGCGGCAACCGUGGUCCUUGAAUGCCAUUUCCUGUGGAAUCAAGUCAGGUCAGCACUUUGUGUUGAUUCUCCCGAAACGUCCUCGGGUAUAGAAGAAGAUGAUGGACGAGAAGGUCCAAAAGAUCUAUUGGCCUAUUCCUGGAGGGCACUUCGGGAUUCGAGCCUAUUGCUGCAAUCUUUAAUCGCUACAGCAGAACCCUCCGAGUCGCUCUAUUCUAGUAUUGGAGACUUAUGUUUAGAUCAACUUAUUUCACUCCGCCAUCGUGGAGCAUUUUCCACGGUUGCUCAAACAUUCACCCAAUGCUGUGCCCGCACUCGAGCAUCAACUCGCCCUAAUAUCAAGCAGCUCAUCUUGACCUGGCACGAAAUUGCCAUGAAACAAAUUACAGAGCAAGCUGAUCGUCUCACCAGAAGAUCAGCAGGACUUCCAGCAAUGUUUCUUGCACUACUAGAUCCCGCUGACUUGACCUUUUUCUCAACUGUCAUGGUCAAGCUUAUGUCGAUUGCAAAGGAACCUUCCGCAAGGACAACCGAAGGGUCACAAAGACUACCACAGGUACAUGCGCUGAACUGCCUAAAAGAGCUGGCUACCAAUUCACGCUUCUCUACAGCAAUACUUCCAUUCAACCAUUCCAUGCUUGAACUAGCAGCGUUGAGCAUGUCAUCGACAGUUUGGGCGAUCAGAAAUUGUGGCUUGAUGUUGCUCAGAGCUUGCAUCAAUCGCCUUGAGCAAUCUGAUCUAGAAGAGAUCCCAACCGGGAGCGGUCAGACAAGUACCAGCGAUAAAUUAGACGUGCCAAGUACGAUUGCACUUCGGUUUUUACAUCCACGUCUGGAUGAUGGUACAGAACAAGCAGAUGGUCCGAUUCUCACAGAGGAAAACAUUUUUGCCGCUUUGGACUUGCUCAGCCAUUCGAAUCCUCGACAAGCCUCGCAGAUUGACCAGGCUGUCUUUCAUCAUUUAGCCCAUUCUAGUUGGGCUGUCCGAGACCAUGCGGCCUUGUUAUUGUCUAAGAGAAUGUCGAGCUGGAGGUUGACCGACGUUCUGGCUAGAUUUAUGUCUGAAUUGGAUGAAUUCGCUUCCCAGAACAGGGCCCAUGGCACCCUGCUUAGCUUCAAGUAUAUUCUUCAGAGUUCGGGCAAAGGUCUGGGAGAGGCUGAUGUGAUGUGCUGCUGGAAAUGCAUAAAACAGAUUCGCGACUGGAACUUGGAUCGUUCGCCUUAUGUUGAAGGAUCCUUGCUUGACGUGCUCAACCAGAUGGCCAUCUUGGCAUCGCAGCAUUUUUGGACCCCGUCAGUCGCAAAAGAUCUUGAUGUUGGUCCGAAAGCGAGUGAAAGCUCGCCAUCUCAAUCGUCACAUGUCCCAUACGUCUUUCGGCGAAGGCUCCUUCUUGAGGUGUAUCAACUUCUCUUCACGUCACGUUCGAUGAGCGAAGAAUCAUUUUCGGACAUUGUUCGUCGUCUCCUCAUCAAGCAGGAUGCGCUGAGUUUCGUCCUUGAUAACAUUAGCCAAGCUCUACGCGACGACUCGAUCUUACCGCCAGUAAUGACUGUAUUAUUCCUCGCAUAUGUUGUCAAAGCACUACAGAAGGACGGCACAAGGUCUCCGGAUUCUCUAGGUGCCGCUCUCAUGACGCUGGCUGAUGCCUUGGACGUCGGGGUGGGAGACUUUCCCAAUGAGAUUGCUUCUUCUCUUGACCUCGUCGACCCUUCAGACCUGUCAACCCGGGAAGAACUCAUUGCGUGGAUCCGCCUUGAAGGGUAUCUUCUCGCAGCCAGGCCUAAGAUGAAACCGCAGGAUCUUCGACGCCGCUCGAUGGCUCGAUGGAUUGAGGCCUUGAACUUUGCUGCCACAGAUUUUGUCGACUUUCCAACCAGGCUUGGUGCUGCCAAAGCCUUGACCACGUAUCUCCGCUUGGUCAACAACAGCGAUGCUCUAUCUAUGGACUUAUCUCAUGAGCAUAGACUUCGCCUAUAUGUCGUUUUGUACAAUCUCCUGAAUGAUGACGACGAAGACAUCCGUACCGUGGUCACAGAAGCCGCAUACGUGAUACUGGAACAAAAUUUACAACGCCCCCCUAGUCUCGGACUUUCCCCUCUGUUCGCAAGACAGCAAAUUUUGGGCCUUAUUGCCCGGCUGUACGACUGCACAGAAGGUUUGGCUACGGUUCUACUAGGCCAGCUAGUACAGCCUAACAGAAGCGUGGACGAGGGCCAAGUUUCGAGGAUCCUGAGCACUUCGAUUGCAUCAAAGAUUAGCAAGAUUGUGGAGUCAAAAACAGACCUAUUUGUGGAGGAGAAACAAAAUCUUUAUGUCGAUGACAUUCGAGAGAUUCAAAUGUGGUGUGAUAGAUUGGAGAACUCCGGCUUUGACUCUCUCGAGCAAGAUGAUGUCGACUUGAUUGCCCAAUGGGCGUCUAAAGGGAUGGAUGAAAUAGUCAGGAUUCUCAGGCAAGAGUCGUUACAUCAACGCGACCAGAAUGCGGCGGACGAAGCCCAGAAUGAGGAGACAGCGCAGAGGGAACCGAUUUGGAGCUCGGGUCAUCCAAUGGGGUCAACAUACGAUGCCGAAUUCCUCGCUAUAUUCAUUCAAGUCAUAGCGAUUUCUCGGAUCGUGUUACGUUCGCAAAAAGCGGCGGUCGUUUGGCAGGAGAUGGCCGCCAAAGUGAAGUCAAUAUGGGACAUUUGUCGUGGCAACCAAUGUAACGAGUUGAUGUUGGGUGAAGUCGAAAAGGCACUGACAUCUCGGUGAAGACGCGACGGGUCAGGCAGUCUAACAGGA